UCUCUCUUCUUUGCGCGCCUUUUGCAAGAGGCCAAGCAGGGCUGGGGUUCCCACUGAGACCCCCCUCUUUCUCCUCCCCCUUAUUUCCCACUGGCUGAAGGAGCUGCCAAUCUGCGGUGUGUGUGCGUGUGGGGGGAUAAUCCCCCUUUAAUGAGGAGGAGGAGGGGGAGGAGGGGACACUCAAGAGAAGAGAAGAAGAAGAAGGAGAAACAGACAGGAAACCAAGGAGGCAGGAGGGCCACUCUGGAAGGCAGCCUCCUUCCUCUCCUCCUCGCGUGGAAAUACCACGGUUCCCUCACCACCCACAGCCUUGCCCCACAGACCCACCCCCAGGCCCUCCUCCUCCUCCUCCUCCUCCUUUGUGGCCAAACUUUGCCUCCUUGGAGGGAACCAAAGGCAAGAGUUGUGAGGGAAGCAGCCCAGAGGAGAGGGGCCAAGGAGAAGCAGAGGGGCGCUCCUGGAACCGGAGCCCACCGCCCCCUUGAAGCUCCCCACCGAGCCGCCCAACUCCGCCCCGAAGCCAGCCAACAAGUGAGGAGGGCUUGGAGGGAGAAGGAAGGAAGGAAGGAGGGAGCCCGCGCCUCCAUUGCUUCAGCCAAGAACAUCCUCCUCCUCCUCCUCCUCUUGGGAUCCUACCCUUCUUCUUCUGCUUCUUCUUCUUCUUCUUCUGCUCCUCUUUGGGUUGAAAUCCCGAGUAUAUAGAUCUAUUUUUCCUUCUGGGGAAGAGUCUCUCUCUCUUUCUCUCUGUUCCUCUUUUUUGAUCUGUUUUUGGAGCUUGCCCCAGGCGAGAGAGACUAGCAACCCGGGAAUAAUGUGGACCGUGUGGCUGCUGCUCGCCUGCGCCUGGAUGGCCUCCUGCGCCUCGGCCGAGACGAGAGCAGCACUCACCUCUGAUAAAGACCUAUAUCUUGACAACAGCUCUAUUGAAGAAGCAUCAGGCGUCUAUCCAAUAGAUGAUGACGAUUAUACUUCUGGGUCAGGCUCAGGAGAUGAAGAGGAAGGAGAUAACACAAUGAUAGACUCAACAUCUAGAAUGCCUCCAGAGCGUCCAGUGAUUCCAGCUAGUGAUGCCCCUAGGACUGAGCGAACUACACUGAAAACUCAGACCAAGGUACCUGCACAAACAAAGUCACCUGAAGAGAUUGAUAAGAAGAAAAUACUUAAGCCAGAUGCUGAAAAUAAAAACGAUAAAAAUGAACCAGGUGAAGAUGCUGAUGUUUUCACUCAAAAACACUCAGAAAACCUUUUUCAGAGAACAGAAGUAUUGGCAGCUGUUAUCGCUGGUGGAGUUAUUGGCUUUCUCUUUGCAAUCUUCCUUAUCUUGCUUUUGGUAUAUCGCAUGAGGAAGAAGGAUGAAGGCAGCUACGACCUCGGGGAACGUAAGCCAUCGAGUGCUGCCUAUCAGAAGGCACCUACUAAAGAGUUUUAUGCAUAAAACUCUCAACUUAGUGUCUCUGUUUAAGAGAUCACUGAACUUUUAAAAUAAAGCUUUUUUGCAUAGAAUAAUGAAGAACUUUUUUUUCAUUAAAGAGCCUUUAUGGCACCUUUAUGAUAAAAAAAAUCCCAUUGUAUUUAAAACUUUUCAUGUAUUCCUUUAAAGAAAAUGUAAAGUAAAAUCUUAGCAUUUUGCAGUGUUCUGUGAAUAACAGUGGCAACCCGUUAUUUUAUAUAGCCAUUGAUGUUCACUGAAUCAUUUUAAAACUUUAUGCAUAAAUGAAAAUGAUUGUUUUAUCCUAUGGUUCAAUGAAAGUUGUUUAAUUUUUGUCAGCAUGUCUGAAUGAUCUUACAAGUUAGUUUUUCUUUCAUUAAUUUAUCUGUUUCCAAAAAUAAAACGAAAUGCCUUUUUGUAGUUGUCAUGGUGCAAUUUGUCUUCAGAUAACUCAAAUAAUGGUAACUCUUAGUGUAAAUGUAUUUUUUCAGCUAUGUAAACUUUAACUUCCACUUUGUAUAAAUUUUACUGUCAGAAAAUCCAUUUUACACCUUGCUUUGUUUCUCAGUGUUCCUGUAGCUUCAUUGAAACUUACAGCAGCAAAUUAAUGUGUAAAAUUGGACUAUUACUGCAAAUGAUGUAGUCGUACCCUUACAAAACAGAUCUUCUUUAUGAGAGAUUUUGCAGUAAGCUACUGACAGGUCUACACAAACCCAAAGACUCUUAACAGUAUUCCAAUAAAUUCCUGCAAAUUUCUGUGGCCACUGUUCAUUAAUUUCUUGCAAUUUGAAGGUACGAGUAGGAAUUUUAAAAGAGUUUUUUUUUUUGUUCUUAAAAAUGCAUUUAAGUUGUAAACGUCUUUUAAAGCCUUUGAAGUGCCUAUGAUUCUAUGUAACUUGUUGCAAACUGGUGUUAAUGAGUAUAUAACAGUUAAAAAAAGAAAAUGUUGGUAUUUUAUAAGCACAGAAAAUUCUAAUGGUAACUUUUGUAGUCUUACAUGGAUAGACAUAAACUGUAAUUUGGGAACAUAAACACUACUGAAUAAAUCAUGUGGCCUAAUAAUGAAA